AUGGAUUCCAAUCUUAUCCUAGAAUGUUUUGCUGGAACAUUACAUACUGAUCCAGUUUUAAGAAACCAGGCUGAAUCAAAAUUAAAAGAAUUGUCCCUUACGCCAGGGUUCUUGGGUGCAUGUUUGGAUAUCAUAGACAAUUCUGCUUCUCCUAUUCAAGCAAAGAAAGCAGCUGCAGUUUAUUUCAAGAAUAGAGUCAUUAGAUACUGGAACAUCAAAGAUAGUACCUACAAGAUUGAUCACGAUGAAAAGCCAAUCAUUAAGGAAAGAAUAUUACCAGUUAUUAUUAACUGUGAUUAUAAUAUUAAACAGCAGUUGAUCCCGGUAUUAAGAUUAUUGAUUGCUUUAGAAUUUGAAUCUUGGGAUGGUUUAUUAGAUCAAACUGGCCAAUUAUUGCAACUGGAAAACCUGGAAGAUUAUCUUUACACAGGUAUGCUUUGUUUUGCUGAGAUUGCCAGAAAAUACAAAUGGAUGGAAAAUAAUGAUAGAAAAAAUCAAUUAUAUCCAAUUAUCAACCAAGCAUUUCCUCAUUUGUUGAAUGUGGGUAACUUUAUUAUAAGUAACGAAAUGACUGAACUUAGGGCUGAGAUUUUAAAAUUGAUCUUGAAACUGUACAAGUUUGUCACCUAUUACGAUUUACCAGAACCGUUACGUACUAGAGAAGCAAUUUUCACUUGGGGUGAAUUUCAUGGAGCUGUCAUUAACAUGAAACCUCCAGCAUAUGUUGUUGAUUCAAAUGUCCUGGAACAAGAGAAACUGUUCUUGCAAAUUGCUAAAUGUUACAAAUGGGCAAUUGCAAACAUUUACAGAUUGUUUAUUCGUUACGCUACCUCAAACAACUUGACCAAGAAAUUCAACUACAAAGAAUUUCAUCAAUUAUUUUUGAAUGACUUUGUCCCUCACUUCAUCACUCAAUUCUUAAGUAUUACCGAAGAAUACUGUCAAGGAAAGAGAUGGUUGAGCACCACAACUAUUUAUCAAUUAUUGGAAUUUUUGAGUCAUUGUAUCAUUGAAAAAUCUACCUGGUCAUUGAUAAAGCCAUACUUUGAAACUUUAAUCACUCAUUUGGUUUAUCCUAUUAUCUGUCCCGAUGAUGCCAGUUUGGAAAUAUUUGAAGAAGACCCACAAGAAUAUAUCAAUUUACACUUUGAUCAAACUUCUGAAUACAACAGUCCUGAAAAUGCGGCAUUGGGAUUUAUAGAAACUGCAUUGUACAAGAAAACUAAGUUUGCCUUACCGCCAAUGUCCAACUUUGUUUACCAACAAUUGUCAGAAUUGCAACAACAGCCAGAAGAAACUUUAGAAGUAGCCAAAAAAAAGGAAGGUUUGUUGAGAAUUUUGGGUACCAUUUCUGGCCACAUUCCAAAGAAUGAAUCAGUUGAACCAAUUUUAGGUGCUUUGGUUCUUCCAUGCUUAACUUCUAAAUUUGAAUUCUUACAAGCUAGAGCGAUUGAUGUUGUCAGUCAAUUUUCUGAGGUUCCAUUCACCAAUCAAGAAACAUUGAGUGCUAUCAUUCAUGGUAUUUUAAGAAACUUUGACAACUCUGAAGCUAGUUUACCAGUUCUUUUUGAAAGUGCUUUAUCGAUUCAAGCAUUUAUGAUUAGAGAUGAGUUUAAAUUAGUGUUAUCAAAUGUGAUUUUACCAACUAUGACAAAAUUGUUAGAUUUAUCAAAUGAAAUUGACAGUGAUGCCAUUUCAGUUGUCAUGCAAGACUGUGUGGAAAAUUUCUCCGCGCAAUUACAGCCAUUUGGUGUUGAUUUAAUGAGCAAAUUGGUUCAACAAUUUAUGAAAUUGGCACAAGAAAUUCACGAAGCUUCACAGGUUGAUGUCGAUGAUUUUGAUGGAAACUUUGACGACCAAGGUGAUAAAGUUAUGGCCGCUUUGGGAUUUAUUAACACCAUGAUCACUGUUUUGUUGUCAUUUGAAAAUUCCCGUGAGAUUUGUAUUAAAUUGGAGGAAAUUUUUUCUCAAGUUAUCACUUAUGUCUUGAGCAAUAACUUGGAUGAUUUCCUUGCUGAAAUUGGAGAAUUAAUGGAAAACUCUACUUUCUUGUUGAGAUCUAUUUCCCCGGUAAUGUGGGAAAACUUCAGAUUGUUAUACAAAUCCUUUGAAAAAGAUACCGCAUUAAUGUAUUUUGAAGAAUUGCUGCCUUGUUUGAAGAACUUCUUGAUCUAUGGUAAAGAUGAAUUGAAGAGCAAUCCGCAACUUACAGAAUUAUUUUUCAAGAUUUUUGUUUUGGUUGCCGACGGUGCUAGUGAAGAUAUCGGUUAUUCUGAUUUGGUUCAGUCCUUUGAGUAUGCUCAGACAUUUAUUUUGAGUUUAGAGGAACAAGCAAGCUCUUACAUUCCUUCAUUUAUUGAGUGUGUUGCUUCUCAUUACCAAAGUGGUGACAAUAAAGUACUCAAGAGUACAUUUGUAGUCAAUAGCAACAAUGUUAUUAUUGCUUCAUUGAUUUAUGAUACCACUAAUACCAUUUCUUUGUUGCAACAAUCUGGACAUUUGAUGCCAUUUUUGAAUAAAUGGUUUGAAAUCAUGCCUGCUUUAGAUAGAGUUUAUGAUUUGAAGUUAUCUACCUUGGCUUGUAUCAAUCUUCUCAAAUUGGAUUUGGAUCAACAAAUUUUGGUAAACAUUUCAACCAACUUGACUUUACUAUUGAAGAAAUUACCUCUGGCAGUGCAAUCUUUGGAGAAAAAGAGAAAGGAUUUUGGAGAAUUGAGCGGAGGUGCAAAUUAUCAAUUAGAAGGUGAAUGGGAUGAAGAAGAUACUGUUGGUGUUCUUGGUGGUGAUAAUGGAGAAGAUGAUGACGAAGGUGACGAAGGUUUUGUCCACGCUGAAGAUUUGAAUUUGAGAAAAACCGGUGGCUUCUUUGAUAUUAAAGAAGAUGAAGUUUUUGAAGACCCAUUGGCUUCAACUCCACUUGAUUCAGUUAACAUCUUUGCAGUUGCCAAACAAUUUAUUCAAGACUUUCAAGCUAACAAUGCCCAAAAAUUCAAUUUGGCAUUCGGACAUCUUAGUCAAGAGGACCAAAAAAUUCUUGUUGAUAUUAUGAAUGUUUAA